AUGCCAUCUAUCAAUGCUGACUUUGCAUUCAGUCUAUAUUGGAGGCUCUCUGUGGAGAACCCAGAUUUGAACACCUUCUUCUCCCCUGUGAGCAUAUCUGCUGCUUUAGCCAUGCUUUCUUUUGGAUCUGGCUCUAGAACCCAAACGUUUCUGGAGAUGUUGGGGUUUAACCUCACAGAUACUCCCAUGACAGAAUUACAACAGGGCUUCCAGCAUUUGAUCUGUUCGUUGAAUUUCCCAAAGAAUGAGCUGGAAUUGCAGAUGGGAAAUGCAGUUUUCAUUGGGCAGCAGCUGAAAACAUUGGCAAAGUUUUGGGAUGAUGUCAAGACCCUCUAUGAAACUCAAGUCUUUUCUACUGACUUCUCCAACGUUUCUGCAGCCCAGCACGAGAUCAACAGUUAUGUGGAGAAGCAAACCAAAGGGAAAACGGUAGACUUAAUUCAAGACCUCAAACUGAAUAUUAUCGUGAUUCUGGUGAACUAUAUUCAUUUCAGAGCCCAGUGGGCAAGUCCUUUCCGUGUAUCUAAAACUGAAGAGAGUUCCAACUUCUCAGUGGACAAGAGCAACACCGUACAAGAGCCCAUGAUGCACCAGCUAGAACAAUACUAUCAUUACAUGGAUAUGGAGCUGAAUUGUACAGUACUUCAAAUGGACUAUAGUGAGAACGCCCUGGCACGUUUUGUCCUUCUGAAAGAGGGACACAUGGAAUGCUUAGAAGCAGCCAUGUCAUCUAAAACACUGAAGAAGUGGAACCAUUUACUGCAGAAAGGGUAAAUAAAAUUGUUUGUUCCAAAGUUUUCCAUUUCUGCCACAUAUGACCUUGGAAGCACACUUCAGAAAAUGGAUAUGAGGGAUGCCUUUGCUGAAAGGGCUGACUUUCCUGGGAUCACAGAAGACAAUGCUCUAAAACUUUCCUAUGCUUUUCACAAGGCUGUGCUACACAUUGNUGAAGAUGGAACUAAAGCAGGAGCUUCUCCUGAAGCUGGGUCUCUGGACCCACAGGAACUACCUCCUCUUCACCAUGUUAUCUGAUUGGCUAGAACAUUCUUACUGAUGAUUUUGGAGAAGAGAACCAGAAGUGUUCUCCUUUUAGGGAAAGUUGUUAACCCAACAAAAUAG